AUGGCCUCGGAUUCGUCUAGAAAAUCGCUGCAGUCCACUUGUUCGAUUGAUAUUGAUGAGAUCGACGAGGACUUGUUGAAUGAAAAAUGUUGUUUCGGCUAUAUGAAUCUCUUUGUAAGUCUAGUCUCCGUUUUGGUUUUUUUGCCUGUCGAAAAAAUGGUCGAGUUUUAAAAUUCUACCAUUGCACUGUGGAAAAAACAAAAAAUUAUUUUCGCACUGUGCACAAAUUUUUUUCCGGUCUGGUCUUUCCGGAACGUCGCCUGACUGAAAUCGGCGACAUGCACUGUGAGAAAACAAAAGUUUUCUUUGCACUGUGCAAUUUCUUGCUUUUUGCACCGUGCAUUAGACUUUUUUGAGCUGUCGCUCGCACCCUGACUUUUUUCGCACAGUGCAAGCGCCAAAAACCGGUCCGGCGACUUUCCGGAAAGGCUAGUACUGUGCAAUACUUUUUGUAUUCUGCACCGUGCAAAGAAAAAAAGAAAAAAUUUUUUUUCGCACGGUGCAAACCAAUUUUUUUUUCAAAUCUCUGCACAGUGCAGUCAGUUUUCACCAAACCCCUCUAAAUCCCAAUUUUCAGACCUGCCUAGCCAUGUUGGCCGUUGUGAAUCUCGUUGUGGACAUUGUUGGUGCCAUUCUCGCGAUGGGAACGGAUAUUAUGUUUUUGUUUGUUGUUAUAGCCAUCGGCUCCAUGUUGUGCCUAGCGGCGAUUAUUACGAGUAUCCGUGAGGAGAAGAAACGAAUGGUUAAUCUCACCAAGGUUUGGGUGGUAAGUGCGAUUCGAAAAAUUAAUUUUAAAACUUUCCUUUUUUCUUCGCACAGUGCAAAUUUCUCACACUAAAAUUUUCGCACUGUGCAAAAAUCCAAAAAUCCCUAAAAAUUACAAAAAAUUUUUGUUUUUCAAAUAUUUCACGUUUCAGGUCUUCAAGUUCCUUAUCAUGGGUUUGAGUGCAUUGAUUUUGAUCCUCGAAAACUCGAUGGAAUUGGAGUUGACAGGCAGUAAGUGGUUUGGCGGCUUCUCGGGGGGAAAGAUUGAGCUGGAAAAAAGCGGCGUAAAUAGAAACCGAUCUUUAAAGAUUGUGAAGAGUCGAGACGGAUAAUCAAUCUUCCAUUUAAGUACAAGAAAACAAACAAAAUACCGUAUCACGGUUAAAAAAACAAAAUUUUUGGACAUUACAGUAAACGAUCGGAUUUUUCCACUUUUUUUUAUAAUUUUUACAACGAAUAGACUAUAACUCAAGCUUUAUUACACACUUUACUAAAUUCUCUAUAUAUUACAGUGCCCUUUUCACCAAAAAUUAUCAACAUUUUUACCUUACUUUACUUAUGACCUACUACAACAUAAAUUUCUAAAAUUCCUCUUUCUAACCAAAAAUUUUCAGUUACCAUGUCGCCAAUCAACGAAUUAUGGCCCUUAAUUCUCCUGCUCCCUCUAUUCGUGCUAUUUCUCGGUGCCCAAUAUUACAUUAGUUCAAGAGUUGUCAAAUUGAUCGCCAUUCGCGAUGAAAUUUAUAUAAUUCCCUCGUCUCCAGGGUCCGUUCGACUUCGGGAGUCGUUGAGAGUGGAAUUGGAGCGGAGGAAAUCAAAGGUCAGCGAUGGUGUGGCCAAGUUUUAG